AUGGGGCCUAGUGGCCUCAUAAUACAGGCCAACCUGAACCACUCGGCCAGGGCACAAGACCUACUUGUGCAAUACCUGGUCGAGCGGGGUACCGGGUUGGCCGUAGUGGCGGAGCCAUACAGGGUCCCCGACCAUCCUCAUUGGAUGGGGGACACGAGCGGCUCCGCCGCCAUAUACUGGGUAGGUAGACCGGGAUCCUCGGCGUGCUCGGUCAUCGAGCGCGGCUGGGGAUUCCUGGCUGUUGAUUGGGGCGGCACCGCGGUCGUGGCAAUCUAUGCGCCUUUUAGACGGUCCCUUGAAGAGUUCGAACGGAGCCUGGACGGGGUAGGGAGAUGCGUCUCCCGCUGCCUGCCCCGUCAGGUGCUGGUCCUGGGGGACUUCAAUGCCAAGGCUACGGUCUGGAGGUCCCCCGGGACGGACACGAGGGGCCGGGAGGUGCUAGAGUGGGCGGCGGGACUUGAGCUUCGUCUCCUAAACACGGGCUCGGUCCAUACGUGCGUGCGGCAUAACGGGGGCUCUAUUGUUGACCUCUCGUGGGCAACAGCCCCGGCCGCGCGACGUAUUACGAGGUGGAGGGUGGCGGAGGAGGUCGAGACAUUGUCUGACCACAGAUAUAUUGUUCUCGGCCUCUCCGCUGCCGCAUCGACACCCCGACGUCGCCCCAUCAAUGAGGGUUCGCCUCAGCCGCGGUGGGCGCUGAAGCGUUUCGACCAGGACGCUCUGAUGGCUGCAGCCCACGUCGUGGCCUGCCCAGGUACACCGGCUGGGUCCGUCGACGGGACAGGGGAGGCUCGUUGGUUCCGGGGCGCCAUGACGUCGAUUUGCGACGUCGCCAUGCCCCGGGCCAAGGUCAUCCCGAGGAAGGCGGUGUACUGGUGGUCGCGCGCCAUAGCGGAUUUACGCAAUGAGUGCGUUCGCGCGCGACGCCAGUACGCCCGCGCCCGUCGACGACGAAGAGGAGACGACGUGCUGGCUGCGCAGCUGUAUGGGCGAUACUGGGAGAAGGUGAUCGCCCUGCAGCUGGCCAUCAGGCGGGCAAAAGACUAG